GCCUACUACAAGAUGAACUCGAACUCGGGCAAGGACAACACCGUCGACAACCCGGACCAGCGAAUACAGGAGGACACCCUCACGUUCGUCACGGAGCUUAACAAUUUCACCUUCAGCGUCAUCUCCGCGGUCGUGACCUUGGUGAGCAGCUCUGUGCUCAUCUGGACCGUCGUCCCCCAG